AUGGUGGGGACGACGCGGGUGCUGUGGGUGCUCUGUGCGGUCUGGGUGGCCGUCACCGCCAUCUCCGUGGAGACGCCGGGGGAAGUGCUGCGGGCCGCCCGGGGCCGGAGCGUCACCCUCCCGUGCACCUACCGCACCUCCGUGGCCGAGCGGAAGGGCUUCAUCCAGUGGGACAAGCUGCUGUGGAGCCACUCGGAAAGGGUGCUCGCCUGGACCUUCUCCACCAAAGAAUAUGACUACGGCAGCCUUUAUAAGAACCGUGCCAACCUGUCGGGCAACGUCGAGGAGUCCGACGCCUCCAUCACCAUCAGCCAGCUGACCAUGGACGACAACGGCACCUACGAGUGCUCCGUCUUGCUGCUCAAUGACCUGGGCGGCACCUCCAAGGCCCGCGUCCGCCUCCUGGUCCUGGUGCCGCCCUCCAAACCCGACUGCAGCGUCCUGGGCGAGACGGUGAUCGGGAGCGACAUCCAGCUGACCUGCCAGUCCAGGGAGGGCUCCCCGGCCCCGCAGUACCAGUGGCGGAGCUUCGACCUGCAGAACCAGGAGCGGAGGGGCCCGCCAGGCGCGGGGCACGCCCUGACUCUGAGGAACAUCUCCACGGACAUGUCCGGCUACUAUGUCUGCACGUCCAGCAACGAGGUGGGGACCGAGUCCUGCAACAUCACCCUGAUCGUCAGGCCUCCCUCCAUGAACGUGGCGCUGUACGCGGGCAUCGCGGGCGGCGUGGUGGCGGUCCUCAUCGUCAUCGGCGUCCUGGUCUAUUGCUGCUGCUGCCGGGACCGGGGCGAGGACCCGGAGCCCAGGCCGAAUCGGUCCAUCUACCGGGAGCCUCCGGAGCAGCUGCGGGAACUUCCCAGAGGGCGGGAAGAGGAGGACGACUCCAGGCCCAUCCCCUGA